AUGGCUACAAUCUCACCAAACAACGAUAGUCUAUCAGCAGAAUCAAACCCCAGGAAACGGCGAAAGCUCAAUUGUGGCAGGGCAGACCCUUCGGGUGCCUCGUUACAGAAACCACGCGCCGAAAGUGGAUAUAUCCAAACCUUGAUGCAAGAGCCGAUACUAGAGUUUACCACCGAGAUGCCUGGCGGGGCCAUUGACACAGGGCAAGAGACCCCAUGGGCCAACGCACGGCGAGAAAGCAGCUGGUGGGAGGACGUGGUGCAAUCUCUGGGCGGCAGCGGUUGGAACCAAGACUUUGAAAAUAUCAUAAGCGGGUGCGAUAGGGCUUGGGCCUUCGUUGAAGAAUUGAAGCAGCUGUACGACAAGCUUGGGGGUGGCUUCAAAAGCCUCUGGGGGAACGACGCAUUCGACGUGGUUUUUGCGCUGGCUGAACAGAUGAUAACUGCGCAGAACCAAAUGCAGUCUCUCGGGUGCAGUACCAAAGUCGACAUCGGAUACCACUACACAACAGAUGAAAACUUGAUCAGAAUCCGGCAACGGGGACUUCUCACAAGAGCCGAGCGACUUUCUUUGGGCAUCCACGCGAAAGACAAUGGAAAGCUCUGUGGGGAUGGAGUAUAUACAGGCAACAAUCCGUUUGCAUUCUGUGCAAGGAAGUUUGGUGGGGUGGGGUUGUUCGUUGCUCGGCUUCGAGGGCGUGAACUCGACGUUACCCGUUGCUAUGGUUCAGGUCGGCAACAGUGGAACCCCGACGAACACGAUUCUAAAGCGUAUGGAGAAGGUAUCAAUCAAAUGGUCAUCCUAAGGGCAUCUGGCCAAUGCAUGCCUCUUGUUGCUUAUCAAGUUUCGCUACUUGAUGAAGUUAUUGAUAACAUGGAAGAUGCGGUCCCCGGAAAGGGUGAUAAUAUAUUCGAUUUGCAUUUGAAAUUGCAGGCUUUGAUCGACAAGCAUUUUAAUGAAGGGGAACAGACGUCGGUGCAGCGAGUGGCACCUUCGGCGAUUCCCCGGCGCAUCAGGAACCGACGAAGACGUGUCCGUCAGCUUCAACAAGCCCGCGACAGUGUCCGCCCAGCUAAUCAUGUAUAUGUACAUAUCCAUGUGGCUGGACAAGACCCCGAUCCCUCGAGACCAGCAACGGUUAUUACUAUUGAAAGCGAUUCAAACAACCCUGUCAACAGAGCAUCAACUUCCCUUCUUCUCCCCCCAAUCUACAUUGAAACGAAGCAGCCCGCAACAUCAGCCCCAACCCUGAACCCACCUAUUGACUUAGUGCAUGAUGACCGUUCAAAGGAUCUUCUUCCUGCAAACCUUUCCACGCAGCAACCUCAGGCAGUAACAGAAACUAGCCCUUUCCUGACGCCCUCAAAGGCAGGCGCCGACAACCAAAGCUACGGUGACGCAACGAAAAAUACAUUAGAUCUCCUGAAGAACCAGAUCUCGUUGGACACCAAGCAAGCCCCAUUCCAGAGCCUACCGGUGGGCACAAUCCCCGGGGCCGAUCUGUCGUCUGGGCGUUUGGUGCCAGCGACCCAGAACCAACCAAGUAGCACGGCCCCCGACACUUUGUUGCAAAGGCUCCGCCCUGUUGGACACAAGCAGGCGGAAGGCCCCGGGGGUGGAACUGGGGAUGUAGAUCUCGCCGGCAUUUCCUUGCAAGCUGUGCGUGAGGUGUUGCUGAGCCAUAACGGCGAGAUGGAGUUCAAGCCUCUUCUGAGAAUGUUCCGCGUGGGAAGGAAGUCACCAAAGGCGAGGAUUGACCACUUUCGCGCUCUCUGUAAGGAGCUAUGUCUCCGCAAAGCAGAUCCCACUGGCGGCAGGCGGGUGCUGUCCCUCAAGCCGAACUGGAGGACCUCGGAAUGCGAUUGA